CGCAGAGCGGUGCAGAGAGAUCUCAGUGCUUUAAAAGCGGGCGUCACCUGCGGCUCUGCAUCAUCAGCAUCUUCAGUCCAAGAGAGAGAAAGAUUGAGAGAAAGAGAGAGAGAGAGAGACGCGCUGAUGCUGUUGCAGCUGAUUAUCAUAUGCAAUGAUGUCACUGCAAAAACCUCCCCUGAGACGCAGCGCAUCUUCCAUAGAAUCAACCAAUCACAACAGUUCUUUGUUGACCGCUCCCACCUCCCUCAAUUUACGCUCGUCGCACAACCAGCAGCUAAACUGUGACACAAUAAAGGAAGGCGUGGUUGCGGUAUGCAAGGAAACGCAAAGUUCAGUGGCCCCUCCAAAGAGUCGUCAAAAAUAUGCUCUUACGAAUAUGCAUAACGCCAUGGGUCUGAGCCAAAACCCCGCCCCUUCAACCCAAAGCCACGGCAGAUCUGCCCCAACCAAAUCCGCCUCUUCUUCGUCUCUCUAUUGCUCAUCUGCGAUUUCUCUCUCAUUUUCAACAUCCAAUCCCAAACUGGCCAAAAACGGAACCAACCUUCAACUCAAAGAAGAACAGCUGGACCUCAACAAAAACAAGAACCACAACGAUGUCAUGUGCAGGAGCAGCUGUGAUUGGCUGGAAGGAAAAGACAACCAGAAGAACCCUGCAUUUAGAAGAAGAACCAAGAGUUUUCUAGAAUACCAUCGAGUGGAGGAAGUAUCCAGCAGCCCAGAGAAAGACCUAAAUACGCAGGAGGAGAAGCACAUCCUCUCUAACAUGGAGGUGCAGACCUGGGCCAAAGAGAACCACGUGGAGGCCCACCUCACCCUCCCGCAGAACCACCUGCUCUUGCUGGCCAGUGAGGAAGAGCAGAGCCUCAAACCGGUGGAUGUUUACGAGCACACGCUUCACCCAAACAAUGAGCGGGCGAGCCACGGGCCGGCAGAUAAAGGAGGUUCUCCGGACAGAGUCAGACUGCAAGUCCAAAUGAAUCCGCCGUACAUGUUUCAUCUGGGGCUGAGAGGUGAAGAGACUGAUGCCUCAGCUGGACGACGUGCACAACCUGAAAAACAGGUGGAGGAAGAGGAGGAAGAGGAAGAUUCUAGCUGGACAACACUCUCGCAGGAGACUCCAUCUGUUGAAACCCCUCAGGAGACCUCAGGCCUUUGGGAAGAACGUCUACAUGUGGAGGAUGCGUCGCAGGAGUAUUUUUGGCAAGACUCUGCACAAAGAAACACUUCCACAGCCUGUGACACCCAUGCUGAACUUAAGAUUGAGCCUGUUUUACAAAUGGAUCGGGAGGUGAAGGAGGUCUGCCUAUCUUUGCCCCCCUCUAAAGCUCAAAGUGAGAGGCCCAGCAGUAUAGUGUCAGACAGUUCUGUAGAGCCUGUUCCCUCACCAGCAGCUUCCUCACUCUCUUCUUCCUCACUGUGUUAUGAAACGAUGGGACGAGCUGCCUCGUUCCUUAACAACAACUAUCUGAACCUAACAGAGACAUCUGAGCCCAGAGAGAGAGAGGAUCAAAGAGAGAAAGAGAGAGAAGGGACGAGAGAGAUCGAGCGAGAGAGACAACAAAACAGGGAGUGUUUGGGAGCACAUGGUGGACCAUACAGCUUCAUUAACCACAGAGCCCAAGUUUCCACCGGCCCAGCAGACACGGUCAUACCCAUCAAUGACAUGGACACACAGGUGUUCUGGGUACAUUAUCUGGGCUGGUUGGAGGUCCGAGAUGUUGAGGUGAUGUCCAGAAAGAGCAGCGCUGUGAUCAAUGACUGUAUCCAGCAGCUGCAGCGGGAACACGAGCAGACCGGAGAUAAAGCUGAGGGUGAAGCGAUGCUGUUGGUUCUGCAGGACGUCACUCUUACUCUGAUGGACCCUAUUGAUCACACCCUCCUUCACUCUCUGCCAAUCAGCUGCAUGCAUGUGUGGGGAGUGGGGCGGGGCCUCAGCAGGGACUUUGCAUAUGUGGCCCGAGACAAGAACACACUUGUAUUAAAAUGUCACGUUUUUCAAUGUGAUGGUCCUGCACAAUCCAUCGCCAGCAGUCUGACACAGAUCUGUUCAAAGAUUAUGGCUGAGAGGAGGAGUUUGGAUUCUGCAGCUGGAUCUAAAUCUCAGAUGAGUUCUGAGGUUCCUUUGAGAGUAGAGUUUCCAACACCAAAGACAGACCUACAGCAGAGCUUUCAUGUGUUGUACCUGGGGACGACCUCAGUCCUGAGACCUAUAGGCAUGGACAUGAUCAACGGGGCGAUCGAGAGUCUGAUGUCCAGUGCAGGGAAAGAGGACUGGACUCCCGUCCUGCUAAACGUCGCCGAUGCCACCGUUACUGUCUUCAAAGAGAAGGAGGAGGAAGAAGAGGUUUUAGUGGAGUGCCGUGUGCGCUUUCUCUCCUUCAUGGGUGUUGGCCGUGAUGUCCACACAUUUGGGUUUAUCAUGGAUACUGGAAACCAGCACUUCCUGUGUCACGUGUUCUGGUGUGAACCCAACGCUGGAAGUGUGUCAGAGGCCGUGCAGUCGGCUUGCGUGUUAAGAUAUCAAAAGUGUCUGGGAAAGAGAAGCUCUUCGUCUCCGCCCCCCGUCGACUCCAUAACACGCCGCGUGACGUCCAGCGUGAAGCGAGGUGUCCAAUCAAUUAUAGACACUCUGAAAAAGAAACCCGCCCCUGAGGUUCCCCACCAAUGACAGAACAAAGACGCCUUGAUGGACACCUGGGGAUGUGGGUGGGAUGUAUGCAGCAGCAGCCAAGCGGAGAAAAAUACAAGCCAACGAAAAUAAAUAAAUAAAUAAAUAAUGCGAGCAUCGACCCGCCGAGAGUCGAGCGAGAUGUCAAAGCGCUUAAUGAGACUCAUUUCACCCUUGAGCUUUGAUCUCAAUCAUGUCAGAUGCUAAAGAAAGCAUGUCUGCCGUACACGAUCGUUCACAUUAUCGUCACAGUUUUUGGAGGGUGUGAGAGUGAAAUCGGGUGUGCCACACCGUUCCUCCUGUAAUCGUCAUCCAACAUUGGGUCAGAACUGUGCUAUAGUGUUUCAUUUCAAAGCAUUGUUCAUUCAAACACCAUGGGAAUUUAGAUCCUUUGAAGUUAUUUUCCCUACCCCAAGAAAUUGAGUGGAAAUUUUCCGCGGUUGAGAAAAGAUUUGUGUACCAUGUCAGGUUUUGUUGAAACCCGACCGAUGAUGAAUCUGUGCAUCUGUGACUUGAUGAUACAGUAUUUAUAUUAUCAUAA